AUGGGGAAUUACUUUCAUUGUGAGUUAUUUUUCAUUGUCAGUUAUCUUUCAGUGGCUGGGAAAUACGCAGCAGAGAGUGAAGAUUUUUAAUGGUAUAGUGGAUUGCCUGAUGGACAGCCCAAGGAAGAAUGUGUCCUGAACAUCUUUCAUCAGUAAUUCUGCAGGAAUACGAUGGAGGAGUAUUCACCAGGAAUGCAGAGCACGCUGGAGCCACUCGGUCUGUCAGAGGAGGCCUCUUACCAGUCGUCAGGUAGCAAGAAGUCGGGUGACACAGCUGGAAUGAAGGGCUGCUCAGGCAUCAGUUGCACUGGAGAUGAUGCUGGUGUUUUGGGAGCAGAACCGAGGUUGUUGUCCUCAGACCAAGAUUCAGCAGCUGCUGACGCGAGUGGUGGUGGAGGCCCGACGGAAAGGCAGGAGCAGCAGUGUGCUGCUCUUGACCACAGAGAAGGGCAAGCCUGUAGUGCCAAUACCUGCUCUGAAAGAAGGGUGGAAGGCUCCAUGGAAACAGGGUCCUUUUCUAGUGAAGAAUUUGGACGAGAUCCAAAAACUAAUCAGACAGAACAAUCAUUAAUAGAACUACUGCAGGAGCUGAGGGAGGAAUCGGACUUUGUGAGAAAAUCUAGUGAUAAAAUCUAUUCGGAAAGCCCUUAUGACACAGACUGCACAAAGAAGCUUAUUUCCACAAUACAACAGACUUCUUCACAGGAGGAUUUGCUGAAGGAAAUAGAAUCUGAACUCUUAUCUACGGAGUUUUCCAAAGAAUGCAAAUGCCCAAAUGGUGUGAGGAAGGGUGAACAUGCCUUGGCUGUGUUUGAUAAAUGCGUGCAAGAUAAAUACCUGCAGCAGGAGCAAACUAUAAAAAAACUGAUUAAAGAAAAUAAAAAACAUCAAGAACUGAUUUUGGAAAUCUGCUCAGAGAAGGACAACUUGAAGGACGAAUUGAAAAAACGGACAGAAACAGAAAAGCAGCACCUUAACAUUAUUAAACAGCUAGAAGCAAGAAUAGAAGAGCUUAAUAAAGAAGUGAAAGCUAAUAAAGACAAACUUGUAGCUCAAGAUGCAGCAGCCAAAAAUGCUAUUCAGCAGUUGCAUAAAGAGAUGGCCUUUCGAAUGGAGCAGGCAAAUAAGAAAUGUGAAGAAGCACGCCAUGAGAAGGAAACAAUGGUGAUGAAAUACGUCCGAGGGGAAAAGGAGUCACUUGACCUCCGAAAGGAAAAGGAGAUACUUGAGAGAAGAGUGAGAGAUGCAAACAAAGAAAUUGAAAAGCACACUAAUAAGAUUAAGCAGCUUUCUCAGGAAAAAGGAAGAUUGCACCAGCUCUUUGAAACUAAGGAUGCUGAAGUCACUCGACUCAACAAAGACAUUGAAAAAUUGAAAGAGGAAAUCAAUUCUCAUGUUAUCAAAGUAAAAUGGGCUCAGAACAAAUUAAAAACAGAAAUGGAUUCUCAUAAGGAAUCCAAAGAGCGCCUCAAAGAUGCAACAACAAAGUUGACUCAAGCAAAAGAAGAAGCAGAUCAGAUAAGGAAAAAUUGUCAAGAAAUGAUAAAAACUUAUCAAGAAUCAGAAGAAAUUAGAUCGAAUGAAUUGGAUGCAAAAUUCAAAGUAACUAAAGGAGAACUAGAGAAACAAGUGCAGGAGAAAUCUGACCACUUGGAGGUGCCUCAUGCAAAAAUAAAAGAACUGGAAGACUUGAAGAGAACGUUUAAAGAAGGCAUGGAUGAGCUUCGAACUCUGAGAACAAAGGUAAAGUGUCUAGAGGAUGAGCGUUUAAGAACAGAAGAUGAAUUAUCCAAGUAUAAAGAAAUCAUUAAUAGACAGAAAACUGAAAUUCAGAGUUUACUGGACAGAGUUAAAACUGUAGAUGGUCUGCAGGAUCAACAUCAGAGAGAUGAACAAGAUAUCAGUGCUUUAAAGGAAGAAGUAGAUGGUCUCAAUUCUCUUAUUGCUGAUCUCCAGAAGGACAUUGAAGGUAGUCGGAAAAGAGAAUCUGAGCUAUUGAUAUUCACUGAAAAAUUAACCAGUAAGAAUGCACAGCUUCAGUCUGAAAACAAUUCCUUACAGAGCCAAUUGGAUAAGCUUUCUUACAGCGAAAGAGAGCUGCAGAAUCAGCUGGAAUGUGUUCAGCAGGCUAAAGAUGAUUUGACCACCAAGUUGCAGAAGGAGGAGGAUCAACGAAAGCUAGAAGUUGAGAUGCUACAGGCUCAGCUAGCUUCAGAGCAGAAAGAACUCACAGUACUGAAGACCCAUGUGGAUGAACUGAAAGAUGAAUUGACUACACAGAAGCGCAAGCAUGCAGCAAAUCUGAAAGAUCUCACAAAACAGCUUCAGCUAGCACGGAGGAAAUUGGAUCAGAUUGAAAAUGGUAAUUAUGACAAAGAAGUCAGCAGCAUGGGGAGCCGUUCCAGUUCAUCAGGGUCCCUUAAUGCACGCAGCGGCAAUGAGGAUCGGUCUCCAGAGAAUACUGGAUCUUCGGUGGCUGUGGAUAGCUUCCCAGAGGUGGACAAGUCUGUCUUGGUCGAAAGAAUUCUGAGGCUACAGAAAGCACAUGCCCGAAAAAAUGAAAAGAUGGAGUUCAUGGAGGAUCACAUUAAACACCUAGUGGAGGAAAUCAGGAAAAAAACCAAAAUUAUUCAGAGUUACAUUUUGCGGGAAGAAGCUGGCGCACUGUCCUCAGAGGCAUCUGACUUCAACAAAGUACACUUGAGUAGGCGGGGAGGAAUUAUGGCAUCUCUGUAUACAUCUCAUCCUGCAGAUAGUGGUCUCACGUUAGAACUUUCCUUAGAGAUAAACAGAAAGCUGCAAGCUGUGUUAGAAGAUACAUUACUGAAGAAUAUUACACUAAAAGAAAACCUUCAAACCCUAGGAACAGAAAUAGAACGGCUUAUUAAACACAAGCAUGAACUGGAACAGAAAAUCAAACAGACAUAACUAAAGCUUCUGUGAAAUAACUGGCGUGAAGAUGCAGAAAAGGCAGGUGCUACAGACCACUAUUUUUUAACGUUUUUCCUGAAAUCUGAUUGCCUGCCAGCACAAGCAGUAUUUUGUGUACACAGCCUUCACUCAUGCAGGCUGUCCUUACUUUGAGAGAUCUGCAGGCAUCUGUGUAGUUCUGUCUACUCAGUACCAGCCUGAGGUGUUGCUGAGUUUUACUGACACUGUUGAUCUAAAACUUCCAUUUGGAAUGACAUACAGACACUUCGCAGUGCAUACUGUGUUUUGAGUGAGUUGCAGUGAGACUUUCAUUUCUGCUGUGUAAUUAAUCAGUCUCUUAAUGAUGGAGCUUGAAAAAAUAAACCAAUUAUGUUUUAAAUGCUGUUGAACAUAUCCAAUGUUACUGAGCUUUAAGGGCUUUCAGACGUUAUUUCUUGCAUAUUAAUUCUGAUGUUUAGGUUGAUGAAGCGCUUUUGACAAAUGCAUGGAAAAAUGCUUUGUCACAAUUUGUUUUUUUGAGUGAUGAUCAUGAUAUUGUUUAUUUUCUGUAUUGGAUUAACAUUCUGAUAAUAGAUUUCUUUAUUGAAAGGAAGUGAAACAACAGUAAAAUUAAGGGUUCGAAAGACUGCUUGAUGCAGUUGUUGAGUGCAUGUAACAUAAACAUCAAUUCAAUAAAUCCUGUAACCCCUGAUCUUUAGAUAUAUAGAUCUAAAGAAGUCUGAUCUCAGAUAAUUGUCAAAAGUUCUCCAGCAUUCUGUGUAUUUAACAGCAUUUUAGAAGAGUUCAGCUGCCCACUGUUACAUUGUGAUUGCAUCUGUUUUCAGACCAAGAAAAAAAGCUUUUUUUUCAAAUAGAAGCUUACUGAGUUUUCUCAUUACAUAUGGAUAGACCUGCCAGUGAAAGUGAUGGUAAGAAGUGGAACCUAGAACUUGUGGGACUUUUGUCUGUUGAUUGAACUGUAAAAAUGGCAUAGAAAUGAUGUGACUCCUUAAUUUUACUGUUGUGAAGAAUUAGGUGGUCAAUGUGGCAUGAACUAAGAAUGGUUUAAUUGUUGGUGUUUGAGAUGGUGAUAGUAGAAGAGGAACAAGGUGACAAGGUUCUAGUUUCACAAUAACAUAUUCAUGUUUUAAUUCCAGGGUAAGUAAUCUACAGAAUCUGAAGUGUCUAUUCCAGCAGUGGAUGCACUAUUGGUGCACUUACUGCCUUUUGACCAAAACAUAUUGACCAGUUCACACUGUAAAUACAUAUUUUGUUUUUUUUCUUAAUUACUUGAACUUCCUAUUAUGGAAAAAAGGUUGUGUACACUUACAUGCUACAGAAUUCAAAUGCUCUAGCUAUUUGAAUUAGGGCACUUUGGAGGGGGGGGGAAAUCUGUCUUACUCCAUGUACAGUUUACAUCAUAUACAAAACAAGGGCUUGAAUCCUGCAGCGUACAGGGAGGGGAGCUUAUGAAAGCAUCUCAUGUGCCACUGAGUCACUUGAGUGUUGUUGUAAUGAACCAAAUUGAGCAGAAGGGUCAUGUUUAGUGUGAGUAGAUGGUACAGGAUAGUGAGGCUUCCUGUUCAUUUCAAAGAUAGGCAUUUCUGAAAGUGCUUGCAGGUUCAAGACCCACUUUGUGGUCCAGAGAGCUUCAAGGGUCUUUGGAUAGCUGGUCCUUUCACUGUCAGUGGAUUUCAUUUAGAAAUGAGGGAGUGGAAACCAAUGAUUCAGAUUCUCAUGAGCUUUGGAAAAACUGUGACCCGUUAAUCUGGGUGGGUUUUUAUGCAUACAUAUAUAUUUUUUUAAACUCCUGAGAGCAAUGGUUGUGCAAAAUGCUAGGGAAUUUCUACCAGCACAGUCAUGGGACUACCUCUGCUUUACCGUUGCUUAAGUGAUGUGGAGAGGAAAAUUCCUGGCUCUGCUGGAAGAGGCUUGUCACCAACUUCUGGGAAGCUGACAUCUAACCCUGGGCAAGCAGGCAGUUGGUCUCAGCUGAACUAGACCUUCUGCUGAAGGAAAGGAACUUGAAAGAUCAACCUGCAUGUCAAGACAUAGCUUAGCUCUCAUAUAUUUGCAUUUUUGUGCUCUAAUGUACCAGAUCUCUGGAUAUUUUCAGGUGUUCAGCUGAAUGACUCCAGUAUUUUAGAUACCGUGUUAAUACUGUAAUCAUUUAAUGUGUGUUCUUCAGGUGUAAAAUGUGAAUGAAGGAGAGGUGUGGUGCAGAUGGAACAAGUGCAAUGACAUUGUGGAAAUUUUUAUUUCUUUUCGGCAUGGUUGUUUCUCCUUUUAAGUUAUUUGAGAAGCCUAGCUAGUUGUCCUUCUAAAUGCUGCUUUCUUUCUGUAGCACUAGUAACUUUCCAGAGUUUUUUCCCUUGGUUGUGGAGACACAGAGCAGCCUAAAUUUCACUCCAUGUACUGUGUUGAGUAUGGUAUUCACAUGGACCAAAGGCAUCUUCUAGAAGCUUUAUUUUAAACAUACCUGUUAGAGAUAGAAAUUUCAUCCACUUCACACAUUGGCAAGUGAUUCUAUAUACAGUAAGUCCAGAAUAUGAUGAAUACAUGAUGGAUCAGCCAGCAACUUUGCUAAAUGAUGUUGCUCAUUCCUGAGAGCCAGUGGUGUGUUAAUCCACAUAGAUGUUGCCAGGCCUUUUAUUUUGGUGGGGUAAAUUACCAGCAGUGUAAUAUUGCUCAACACACAUCACAAGAAAAUGUCUGACAAGGUGUGUUUCUGUGAUUCACACAGGUGAACAGCAGUGGGUGCAAGGUUUGUUUCAUUAUGUUUCACUUCUACUUUUUGGGAUGCUAUUUAUAUCAUGAGCCAGACAUAGAAAACUGUCCUCAGCUUAAAUAAAUUUUGCUGAUGAACCAAUAAGCCAAUUUUGAAGACAGCCUGGAGCAGUUAGCUUACAUAUCUGUCACUGAAAUUCAGUGUCCAUUAGAUGUGUGUUUGCCACAGGCUUCAUCUGAAAGUUCCAAGCUGGUGGCUUUUUGUAUCCUACUGGUUGAAACAGCUUUUCCUAAAUACUCAGGGUGCUCCUUUAAUUGAAACAUCACACAUCCAGAUGUUCUUAGAGGCCCUACAGGAGAGCUGCUGAUGCUUUCUACCCUCUGUAAAAUCCCGCACUGUUGUCUAAAGCUACAUCCUGUAUACUGGACAACACCAUUUUGUGCUGUAGAAAUCAUUUCAGUCUCCAGAAUGCAAUGGAGAUCAAUUUCUUCCUCAGAUAAGCUCUUCACUUAAAAAAUCUUCACUUUUUGCUGGCAACACCAAUGCUAACUCCAGCUACUGAAACAAAAAUGUACACUUCUGAAAUAGUUUUCGUUACAAGAUUUUAGUUCUUAGCUACAAAUUAAGCAGUAGCAGAUUUCUGGCUUCCACCGAACUGAGCGUAAGGUGAGCCUGUAUGCUGCAGGGAACGGUUCAGAGCUCAAAGCCUGACACAUCCUAUAGGAAUGUACGGACUUGGGUCCUUCUGGCUGAGCAACUGUGAUGGGAAAUGCCAACGGUAGGUGGCACUAGAAAUCAGAUUUACCGCGUCUCCACAGCCACCUGGAACCUGUCAGAGGGCAGGCAGCUGAGCUGCAGAGGAGGGAGUUGGGUGGCAUUGAAAGCUGUUCUAAGAUGGAUGGUGUUUCUUUCCCAUUUUCAUGUUCUAACAAACUAUGUUAAAUCUUCCAAUAUGUAUACGUAUGUUGUCUGAGUAUACAGAGUGUCUAUUGAUUAAAUUUUGUAGAUACUUGCUUCUGUAUAAAGUUUUUGAAAAUAUCACUAUAUAUUCUGUAUAUACUGUACUUUGAAAUAAUAAACAUACACACGCGUGAAAGUUGACUUUGAA